CGCGAGCAAUCGAGAGUCGGUUCCUUGACAACCAGAACCGGAGGUGGUGCCGGCUCCUGGGAGGAGGCGAGAGGAAACUCCGGGGCAGGGCUCAGGCUACGGGGUCUCAGUCACCAACCGUCACCUGCCCCUUUCUCUCCCGUCCCACUCCAUCGGCUAUGGCCUCCUCAGCCGGGGCUGCGCCGGCAGCGGUAACCGGCCCCUCCAUGUUCCGCUGGCUGGAGGUGCUGGAGAAGGAGUUUGACAAGGCCUUCGUGGAUGUGGACCUGCUCCUGGGGGAGAUCGACCCCGACCAGUCCGAGAUUACCUACGAGGGCCGCCAGAAAAUGACGGCGCUUAGCUCCUGCUUCGCACAGCUUUGUCACAAGGCGCAGACCGUCUUCCAGAUCAACCAUAAACUGGAGGCUCAGUUACUGGAUUUGAAAUCGGAGCUAAUCGACACCCAAGCUGAGAAGGCUGUGCUAGAGAAAGAAGUACAUGAUCAACUUCUCCAGCUUCAUGCUGUCCAACUGCAGCUGCAUGCUAAGACUGGGCAGAAUGUUGACUCCAGUUCAAUCAAGGCUAAACUAGAGAAAGAACUAGAAUCCAAUAAAAAAGAAAAAGUGAAGGAAGCAAAGCUAGAAGCUGAUGUGAAACUGCUGAGAAAAGAGAAUGAAGCCUUGCGUCGCCAUAUAGCAGUUCUGCAAGCUGAGGUAUAUGGUGCAAGGCUGGCUGCUAAGUACCUUGAUAAAGAGCUGGCAGGCAGAGUGCAACAAAUCCAGCUGUUGGGUCGAGACAUGAAAGGACCUGCUCAUGACAAACUCUGGAACCAGUUGGAAGCAGAAAUACAUCUUCACAGACAUAAAACUGUUAUUAGGGCAUGCCGAGGGCGCAAUGACCCAAAACGACCUCUGCCCAUGCCACCUGGGCACGAUCCAAAUGUUAUAAGGAAGUCCCAAGGUGUUGGGCCAAUUCGGAAAAUCCUGUUAGUAAAAGAAGAUCAUGAAGGUCUUGGCAUAUCAAUUACAGGUGGCAAGGAGCAUGGAGUUCCAAUUCUAAUAUCAGAAAUCCAUCCAGGUCAACCUGCUGAGCGAUGCGAUGGCCUGCAUGUUGGAGAUGCCAUAUUAGCUGUUAAUGGAAUCGAUUUGAGAGAUGCCAAACACAAAGAAGCUGUUACAAUUCUCUCUCAGCAGAGAGGAGAGAUUGAGUUUGAAGUGGUGUAUGUUGCUCCAGAGAUAGACUCUGAUGAUGAAAAUGUGGAUUACGAAGAUGAGACUGGGCACCGAUAUCGCUUAUAUCUUGAUGAGCUGGAAGAAAGCAGAAAUGCAGCUGUUGGCAGAAAUGAUGGCAGUGGUGACGCCAAACCCCUAGCAGUAACAGAACAGAAACCAGUUCUAGAUGCCAUCUUAAAUGGGGAUGCAGGAACAAGCAGUGAAACUGCUUCAGAAGAUGCAACACCGAAACAGAAAGAGUGUGCAGAAAGCUCAUCUUAAAUUGUCCCUAUGUUACUUGAACAUUAAAGUGAUAUUUCUGCACUUGACUGGCAAUACCGAAGGAACAUUGUGUGAACGUGAUCAACUGUGUAUACCUAUAUUUGAAAAUAAUGUCUAUAAGGGAUCACCAUGAUUAUCUUAUGUGCCUAAGGAGUUCCAAAUAUUGUACACCAUAGAGUUGCAUUAUUAAUGGUUCUGCAUGUAUGAAAAUAAUUUGAUGUUGUGUUAAUUAACAAACACAAGUAAAUUGUUGGGUCUGUAUGUUCUGAUGUUACAGGUAACUUAAGUUUUGAAAUUAGUAGGAGAUUUGGCAUGUACUAGGUGCUAACUUACUAGUUGGUGUCUUUUGGGGUAUUUCAAACUGCCAGUUGCACUUUCUCCUUGGGGGUUCUUUUGUGCACAAUAUUUGCACAAAAAAAAGCACUUUCAUCCUGUUAUAGUUAUGUUCUAUCAAUCUAUUCAGUGAUGUUGCUUAUAAAUUAAACCGUAGGCCUUUGGGGAAAAUUUGAUAUUGCAUUUGCUCCUUGUUUUUCAUAUGUGAUUAAUUGGAAAAUCUAUAUUUUUUUUCUUGAAAUAUAUGCAGAACUGUUAAUUGGUUUUCCUAAAGGUACAGUAGAACUGUCCUCACCCUUGGCCUUUUCCAUAAAGAAUGUAGUUGCAUUGUACUAAAUGUUGGUAUUAAUGUAGAUAGAAAUUCACUGUUAACAAAUAGUUAAUAUCUACAAAUAGAAAAAGUGUGAUAUCUUGUGUUUAAACUUUACGAUACAGAAAUAAUGAGUCAGUGAGAUAUAGAUUAUUAGGUUGUAUAACUGAAUCUCAUUGAAAGACUAAUUUCUUGAAGGACAUUCCUUAAUUCAGCAAGAAGAAUUAUUUAAUGAUACCUUGACAGUUACUUUAUUGUAAGUACUCAAUUCUUAUGUAUCUUCAAUCCAGAAUUGAAAUGCACUAUUUAUAAUGAUCAGGUUAGCCUUUUUAAGGACAUAAAAUAGAACAUCGAGUAAAGUUAAGGUGACCUCGACAUAUUUGAUAUAGGGUCAUUUCUUCAGGUGCAUUGCAUCCUUGGAAGAGAUGAAUGUUGUAUGAACCAGCCUCUAUUCAUUGAUCUCUUGCAAUUAGUUAAUAUGACCUAUGAAUUUGGUUUUCAAGUAGUGCAGGUGCAGAAUGAAGUCCAUAUUCCAUUGAAAUUCAAAACAAUUUCCCAUGUGUGCAGACAUGCUUAAGGAUACUUAAUAACAAGAAUUUAGGCUGGGGAAAGCUCACAGUACUAUAACAGGUAGCUAUUUAGGUGGAAAAAAUUGUUUUUAAAACCACAAUAUAGUAGUUGUUGGAAACCUAAAAUAAAAUCAGAAAAUGCAUUAAAUGUUUUGGUCAGGCAGCAUUUGAGAGGAGAGAGGUGGUGGCGCAGGGGGUGGGGGUGCAACAAGCUUUGCAUUUCAGUCAUAUUAUUUUUUGUUAGAUGAAAAUAACUUACUUUCUGAACAAAAAACUCCCCCAAAAAGUUCCUGCUUCUCCCAUUUUAUCUAUAUUUACACACUAGAGUUCACACUCUUUCUAUUUAUAUAUUAUAAUGAAAAUAUACUUCACUUUUAUAGUGUAAGUUCAUUCUCAGCAGUGAUUUCCUCACCAUUCUUGUAUAAGCAACUCUAUUGUACAUACAUCUUUGUUGGAUUUUUAACUAUUUAUAAAGUUACAGUUUAUGCUUAUUUUUAUGUCCCUACCCAACCCCUUUCAUUACUUUAAAAUUGUACUGUAGGUGACUGUUGACUGCUAUUACACACUGACAUUUGGGUUUAGUUGCUUGCUGAAGCAGCUUGAAAUUUCUUCCAUAUUAUAUCAUCCACUUAUUUUCCAUGAUGAUUUGACUUUUAAAUACCAAAUUCAUUCUCCACUGCUUCUGAAGCCUCAACAGAAAUAGCAAUACCAUUUCUAAGCUUGCUGUCUUUUGUCAAUUGAUGACAAUGAGUCACCAUUGGAUAGGUGCACGUAAUUUGAGAUUUAAUAAAUUUGUUGUGCAUCUGUGGCAAUGUAGAUUUUUGUUUCUUGCAAUUUCAUUUCCUGUUACAAGUGGCCAAAUGGAAUGCAUAGGACCCUUUGAUGUACCAAGAUCUUAUACUUCUGAUUUUGCAAUGUUCAUGAUAACACACGUGGUAGUGGCAUUCUUACUGAGCUGGAAAAUGUCUCAUCUCAUUGUCUCAUUACAGACUGUACUGGAAUAUUCUUUUACAUAACAACUCAUUUUAAUAUUCUUUAACACCAGUAAUACUGGCAGUGAAUUUCAUUCAUUGAGUGAUCUUUGCUUCUUGCCUCAGCAUAAAAUUCUGGCUUUGUUAGUGAAACAGUGGAGAAAAUGGAAAAGCUCUGUGUAAUUUAUUUCAUAUUCACUUGUUAUAAAGUGUUUAAUGUAUUGUUUACAUUAGUUUAACACUCCAAUAUAUUUAUGGCUUAUAUUCA